AUGAGGAUCUUCAAGAAAGACCUCCGCCUUCAGGACAUCACCAUCAUGUAUUUCACUGCCCUGGCUGCUCUGACGGUCAUCUUGGUGGCUUCGUACCAGGCGCCCUCCCAUGCUGUUGAUGUGUCCAGCCUUAAAUCCAGUCCCUCCAUCCCUCUGCCGCCUCUCCCUAUGCCUUUCCGAAUGCCCCUUGACCCUCGCGGGGAGCUCCAGCUGGCCUGGAACGUCAGCUAUGCCCAUCAGGAGGUUUACAUUCAGCUGAAGAUUGCGGAGCUCAGGCAUGGCGUUGUACUGGGGAUGUCGGACCGCGGGGAGCUGACCAACGCUGACCUGGUCGUGCUGUGGGACUCGGGAACAAAGAGCUACUUUGGGGAUGCGUGGAGUGACAGCGAGGGUCAUGUUUCGCUGGACAGCCAACAAGACUACGAGCUGAUUGAGGCCAAACAGAAAGCUGAUGGGUUUUACCUGCUCUUCAAAAGACCAUUUAGUACCUGCGAUCCCAAAGAUUACCUCAUAGAGGAAGGAACCGUGCACAUCAUCUACGGGUUGCUGGAUCAACCAAUCACCUCUCUUGAAGACCUGGACCUGUCCAGGAUCCACACAGGGGUGCAGAGAGUAUUGAUGCUGCGCCCCGACACACCAUCACCCACUCUGCCUCCAGAUGUUCAGCCCUUAGACGUCUUGGCACCAAACAUCACCAUACCAAACCAAGAAACAACCUACUGGUGCUUCAUCCACAAGCUGCCUGAAAAUAUCCCCAAGAACCACAUCAUCAUGUACGAGUCUGUGAUAACUGCAGGCAACGAGGCCAUCGUGCACCACAUCGAAGUGUUCGAAUGUUCACCAGAGAUGCGCGACGUGCCAGAGUACAGUGGCUCCUGUGACGACAAGAUGAAGCCGAAGAAGCUCAACUUCUGCCGUCACGUGCUGGCUGCAUGGGCUAUGGGUGCAGAGGCUUUUUACUACCCCCCUGAUGCUGGACUGGCUAUAGGGGGACCUGGAUCUUCAAGGUUCCUUCGUCUGGAAGUCCAUUAUCACAACCCUCUCCUUAUAUCUGGCCGACGGGAUUCAUCAGGGAUUCGGCUGUAUUACACCCCAAGCCUGCGGCGCUACGAUGCAGGAAUCAUGGAGCUGGGCCUCGUUUACACUCCAGUCAUGGCGAUCCCUCCAAAACAACACACAUUCUACCUCACUGGCUACUGUACAUCUAAGUGUACCAAGACUGCUUUGCCCCCAGGAGGGAUCUAUAUUUUUGCAUCCCAGCUGCACACCCACCUGGCAGGCCGAGGAGUCAGAACAGUUUUGGUGAGGGGAGGCAAAGAACUGGAGGUGGUGCAGGAAGACCAGCACUUCAGCACAGACUACCAG